CAUAUUUUUGUGCUGCCAAAUAGUAGAAUUGGAAUUUUUGUCUUCAAUUCGAACUCCAUACUUUGAAUUAUGUGUACCAAACAGAGCCUUAAUGUAUCAAAGUUGAGGCUGUGAUGAUAAUCCUGUUAUUGUUUAGAUGCAAAAAUCAGAUCUCUGGGGCAAGGCGGCCUGCAUCUUGGCAAGGCAGUUGUCUUCUUGCAGCCAUGGCUGGUGUUGCCUUUGCCCUGUGCUCUUUUCCCGAUAUAGUAAAUGUAAUCUGAGCCUCAUGUACUGAGAUGCAUUUAAGUCAGAAUGUAUUUCAUUUCAUUUAAGGGGGUGUUUCUCUAUGAUGGUGCUUAUUGGCUUAUUGUUGAUAAGCAGUUUUUAACUUAUAAGCUGUUAGAAGUCAUGUAUUCUUUCGUUGAAGUAAAAUGACUUAAAUGAUAGAUAAAUCAUUGGUAAAUAUACAUAAAUGGUGAGGGUCGGCUUUGUCUGGUCAAAACAGAGAAAGAAAUUGGCUUAGAAAUAAGUAGCUAAAAUUUAUUUUUUCUGGCUUAUAAGCAGCUUAUAAGUCAGUUUAUAAGCAUGCAAAAAUAUGUGAUUAUCAGCAAUUUUAAGUCAGUUUAUUUUUUAUGGCUUAUAAGUCAGCUUAUAAGUCAGUUUAUCAGCUGAUUUAUAAGUUAAAAACUGCUUAUAAGCAAUUUUAACCAGCUUAUAAUGCAAGUUGAGGCUUAUCUGGGACACAGAAAAGUGGAUUAGUUUUAGAGGGUGGUUGCUUCCUUUUCUAUGUGUUGUUUAGUGUAGCCCAUGAUAUCUUUUUAGUUUCCCAAACAAGUGAAGCUUAAAUUCAACAGCCCUAAAUAGCGAUGGAUCAAUUUUGGUCCUUCGUCUAUUACAUUGCAUUCAUGCAAUCUAUUUAAGAGACGGAGGGAGUAUAAUAAUGUUAAUCAAUUUCAGUUGUGCCGAGUUUUUGGAUAACUUGAAUGGAUGAAUGCCUGAAACCUUAAUGUAUCAAAGUUGAGGCUGUGAUGAUAAUCUUGCUACAGAGUUUCUUUAGAUGCAAUAAUCAGAUCUCUCGGGCGAGGCGGCCUACAUCUUGGCGAGGCAGUUGUCUUCUUGCAGAGUUGCAGCCAUGGCCGGUUGUAAUCUGAGCCUCAUAUACUAAGAUGCAUUUAAGCCGGAAGGCAUUUCUUUUCGUUUAAAUCAGUCUCUCUACUUACUAGUUAGGGUAAGUUCUGCGGGAUUUUACUGGGUUUGUUUGUUGUGAUUGUUCUUAUAUUGUUUUUGAAUUUUUAGAUCUCUGAGUAAAAAACAUAGGAUUGUAAACACCCGUUGGUUCUUCUUAGACAUUGAAAGUAUUGACGAUAUCUGUAUUAAUACUACGGAGUAUGAGAUAACCAGUAUAACUGAAACCAUGAUUUUUGAAGUUGAUGUAGUGAUUAUCAUUUUUGUAUCUUGGCUUGGGUGCUUGAAUGGCUAGACAGUUACUUUCUUGCAGCCACGUUAGGUUGUGCUCCUGUUUUGCUGAUAGGAAAAAUGCAAUCUGAGCCACUGUGUAAUAGUAUGUAUGGGAAUCAUAAGCAUGUUUGGCAACCAUCUCAACUUCAAUCCCGGAUUUGGUGUGUUAGCAGCUAUGGGGGUGUCUGUGUCCUUUUCCUUAUUUAGCCAUUGACAAGCUCAACUGCAAUUCUUUCUACCAUUACUACACUGCAAACAUCCCAUGGUUUUAUUUGAGCAUUCGACAAUUCACUGUUUUUUCUUAUUCACGUUUUUCUUUUUAUAUUUUCCAAUUUCCUUGUGUAGCAAUUACUUUCAAAUGAAGAUUAAGACUUUUCUGGAACACGUAGAAGAGUUCAUGGCUUUCACUCAAUAUACAUUAUUACUACCACAACCACAACACUAUAUAAUGCAGCCCGUGUAAACAGGGGGGGGGAAUAGUUGAGUUUAUAUGAAGUUCAGAUUUUGGAAUGCAGAACUUGAAUCAUUAAUAGAGAGAAUGGAGCCCUGCCUCCGGGGCAUUGGUGAUUUCAGGACUUGUUUUACUUCCAGUACUUCUUGCUUCAAGUGCUCAUAGUGUGAGGUUUGGCAAUGCCACCGGUGAAGAGACUUCCACCGAGCUCUAUAAGCUAUCUAUCUAGAAAAACAGUCCACGACUAUGGGCUUUUAUGAUAGCCACAUAUUUGGUUUCAUUUGCUGCAUAUUACCUUCUAUGGAAAGCAUACAAACAUGGUUCCGGUUUGAGAGAAGAAGCUCUGAUGUCUUCCGACGUUACACCCAAAGAAAUUGAUGUUUUUAGAGACACUCGUGCUGUUCUUUGGGGUCAAUCCAGAGCAGGUCAACCUCUUAUUUCACCGCAUUCUACCAAGACACUUUUUCCCAAUCCAUAAUGGCCAUAGACAACAAGCGACAAAGAAACCGGAUCGAGAGAGACCCACAAAUAGAACUGUCUUCUGUGGCAUUCUUGAUGAACCGACUGUGAUGUAUUUGGAAAAACGACUGGAUGUUGAAGGAUCAGUUUAUUCCAGAAUUUGGUGUUCCGUGUUCUUUUCCCUGUUUGCCUUGUCUGUAAGUUCAACUUCAUGCUCCAAUUUCCUGAGGUAGGAAAAAAAUUCAAACUCAGAUUGAGGCUUUUCUAGAACAGAUAGAAGAGUUGAUGAGUUUAUUAUUGCUUCCAUUUCUUUGUGAUGUCUAGCUAAGCCCAUGAUAUCUGUUGUUUGGGAAACAAGCGAAGCUUACAUUCAACAGCCUUAAAUGGCAGUGGAUUGAUUUUGGUACUUUGUAUGUUACGGCUUUGUUUGGGAAUUGCAUUUUCAAUUAGCUUUUUAGUUGUGCGGAU